CAUAAAUGGGAUGCAAGAGGAAUAGCAUUCCUUAAGUGUGUGGGUAAUAUUUUCAAUCAGCAAGUGACUCCCUAGUGGGCUCUGGCUGAUGCUUUCCUCUCUGCAGUUCUUUAUUCUCUUGGGCUUGACAGGUCUUCUGAAGGUUUUCAGCCAUGCCUACUAAGGCUUUACCAUUUCACCAGCGGAAGCACAAGCAUUUUUCCCAUGAUUAUCGCAGCACUGAAAUGAAAUAUGUUGCCCAGAAGUACUCAAGAAAAACACACUCUGAAAAAUCACAGAGCCACAAGCAGGUCACAGCCAAAGCUUCCCAGGCUGUCCAACCUACAAAGGAGGAGCCAGUCUACAACGUGCCCACAUUUAGGCAGAGAACUGGUGAAGAGGAAGAGGUGCAAGAGUUUGAACGCUGUGCCAUCCAUUGUGGAAGAGUAUUGUCUGAGUUGGAGUACGAGGUCCAUCUGAUGCGAGAAUCGACUCAUCGGCAAGUGGAAAGCUUAGAGAUUCAGAGAGAGGCCAAAAUGAUGUCUGCCAGGAAGUACUUUCACGAGGAGGAGGGGAGGAGUCCUGAUUUCAUGGUGUCUUUGAGGUCCCAUACCGUGUGGGAGAAAUUGCCCGUAAAGCUGUUCUGCACCAUGGAGGGCCACCCCACUCCUGUUGUGAAAUGGCUUAAGGAUGGUGUAGUAAUUGAUCGACUCAAGGCCCCUGGAAAAUACACAAUGAAGAGCAAGUAUGGAGUGCAUAGUCUGGGAAUAAGCAGGUGUGGGUUUUCUGAUUCUGGUCAGUACUCAGCUAUGGCCACAAAUUUGCAUGGUACUGCGACCACCAGUGCCUCUGUGGUGGUAAAGCGGGCUGCAGGGGAUGAGGAGCCAAGCCCACCCUUACUGUUCCCUUGCCAAGUUCCUCCAUUGUCCAAUAUACAACAUACCAAACUUGAGAUCACCUUCGUGGAAAGGUUUGGGGUGACAUUUGGAUCUGAAGGAGACACGGUUAGCCUGGUUUGUAAGAUGAUUCUGAAUCCUGACCUUGCAAAUCUUCAGCCAGAGAUUAUGUGGUACAAAGAUGAGCAUCUCCUGGAGGAAUCAAAGUGGGUUGAGAUGAAAUUUGGUGGGGGCACUGCCCAGCUGACACUACCUCACCUCAAUAAAGAUGAUGAGGGCUUGUAUACCCUCCGCAUGUGGACUAAAAGUGGAACUACUGAACACAGUGCAUAUCUCUUCGUGAAAGAUGCAGCUCCUCUUGUGGCUGGGGCCCCAGGUGCUCCCAUGGACAUUAAGGUCCUUGAUGCCAACCAAGAUUAUGUCUUCCUUACCUGGAAAGCACCCAACACCACCACUGAGGGGCCAAUGACCGGAUACUUCGUUGACAGAUGUGAAUCUGGAACUGAUACCUGGGUGCAAUGCAAUGACUCUCCUGUUAAGAUCUGUAAAUACCCAGUGCACGGUUUAUCACUGGGACACUCCUAUCACUUCCGUGUGCGUGCUGUGAACAAAGCAGGCAUCAGCAGGCCUUCAAGAAGCUCUGAUAAAGUAACUGCCCUGGAUCCAAUGGAUGAAGAACGCUGCCAAGUGAUCAAGUUGGGUGGACAACGUGAAAUUGUUCUUCACCAAGACGACCUGGAAGGCCAUGUGAAGAUACCUGGACCUCCAACAAAUGUCCAUGCUUCAGAAAUAAGCAAUUCAUUUCUAGUGAUUAGCUGGGACCCACCCCACCCCCGUGGACGGGAGCCUGUAUGGUACCUCAUAGAGAAGACUGUGGCAGGCAGUGAUGCUUGGCAGAGAAUGAACACUGGUGUGGUGCUGAAAUCCCCUCACUACCCUGUGUUUGACUUGGAGAGCAGUAAACAGUACCUGUUUCGUGUGCACACCGUAAACAAAUAUGGUACAAGUGAGGCUUCUGUGCCUACAGGUCCUAUCAAGAAGGAAGACCCACACGGUGUCCCGUCAGCCCCAGGUCAAGUUGUUGCCACAAGGAACACAAAGACUUCAGCGUUUGUACAGUGGGAGCCCCCUAAAAACCCCAGCAAUCUUAUUGGCUACUACAUUGAUGCCUGUGUAGUGGGAACAAAGGCAUGGAUACCAUGUAACCACAAGCCAUAUAAACACACCAGGUUUGUAGUCCAUGGACUGACUGGUGGAGAGACCUAUGUCUUCCGUGUACAAGCUGUCAAUGACUUUGGGCUCAGUGAAGAAUCACAGGAAUCUGCUCCUCUCUUGGUAGAAGCUUCCAUAACUGUCCCCUCCUCUCCUUAUGGCAUCACACUGCUGUCUUGUGACGGUGCCUCCAUGACUCUGGGUUGGAAACAUCCAAAGUACUCUGGUGGCUCCAAAGUGAAUGCCUACUACAUUGACAAGUGCGAGGUGACCAGCUUGCACUGGAAUGAGGUCAAUGUGCCACCCAUUAAGGAACAAGUUUUUCAGGUUGAAGAUUUGAAGGAGGGUUCAUCUUAUGAGUUUACCGUCCAAGCUGGGAAUAUGGCUGGAGUGGGACUUCCCUCAGAGCCCAGUGCUUCAUUUCAUUGUGUGGCCUGGGACAUGCCAGAACCAGGUCCAUCCCACGAUCUGUCAUUCUUGGAGGUUAGGAACGACUCUUUGCUUAUUAAGUGGAAGGCCCCAGUGUACAUAGGUCAAAGUGCAGUAACUGGUUACUUUGUGGAUGUAUCCAAGAAGGGACAUGGUCAGUGGACCACAGUGAAUGAAACUGCUGUCAAGCACCGUUACCUGAAGGUGUCUGGCCUGGAGAAAGGUGAAACCUACGUUUUCAGAGUGCGUGCAGUUAACGCUCAAGGGGUUGGAAAGGCCUCUGAUGACUCUGAACCAGUCUGUGUCAAGGCACUGCCAGGUACCAAGGAGAUUCACUGUGGAGUUGAUGAGGAGACAGGGGAUAUUUACAUGUCAUUUGAAACCUGUGAAAGCAGUGAAAUUUCACAGUUUAUCUGGUCAAAGUCCUACAAAGAAAUCACUGAUUCCCCAAGAGUCAAAAUUGAAACAAAAGCAAAAAGUUCUAAGCUUACUUUCACCAAUCCUGACAAAGAUGAUCUGGGGACGUUCUCUGUUGCUGUGACUGACACUGAUGGUGUCUCUGCCAGCCAUGCAUUGAAAGAGGAAGACCUGGCAAAAAUGCUUGAACUCAGCUAUGCAAUCAGACAUCCAAUUGUUCCUUUGAAGACAGGGCUGGCGUACGAAAUCCUGGAGAGAGGUCGUGUCCGUUUCUGGGUUCAGGCUCAGAAGUUGUCCUCUGCUGUCUCCUACAGAUUUGUUGUUAAUGACAAAGAGGUCACCAGUAGUGAGAGCCACAAGAUCAGCCAUAAUGCAUCUGCUGGUAUUAUUGAGAUGGUGGUGGAUCGCUUCACAAAAGAGAAUGAGGGAACUUACACUGUUCAGAUCCACGAUGGAAAAGCCAAGAACCAGUCCUCCCUGGUCCUUGUCGGAGAUGUUUUCAAGGCAGCUUUAAAGGAAGCUGAAUUCCAAAGGAAAGAGUACAUAAGGAAACAAGGUCCUCACUUUCAAGAAUAUAUUUCUUUCUGUGUGGAAGAAGACUGUACUGUGAUGCUGGUCUGUAAGCUUGCCAAUGUGAAGAAAGAAACUACGUUCCAUUGGUAUAAGGAUGAUGAAGAAAUUGUUCUUGAAGUGGAACCGAAACCAAUGUCUGGAACCUGCAGUCUUCCUAUCCCCCUGUUCUCCAGGAAAGACCAGGGCAUUUACAAAGCUACACUUGGUGAUGACAGAGGAAAAGAUGUAUCUCUAUUUGACAUUUCAGGCCAAGUGUUUGAAGAUAUCAUCAAUGCCAUUGCCCAUAUUGCGGGAUCCUCUGCAUCUGAACUUAAGCUUCAGUGCACACCAGAAGGCAUCCGACUGCAGUGCUACAUGAAAUACUACACAGAAGAAAUGAGAACUCAUUGGUUCCACAGGGAAAGCAAGAUCUCCUCAUCUGAGAAGAUGAGGAUUGGGGGCACCUCGGAGAUGGCCUGGAUGCAGAUAUGUGAGCCCACUGAUAAAGACAAGGGCCAUUAUGCCAUUGAGAUCCUGGAUGCUAAGAAGUCCCACACUCGCACCUUCGACCUCUCCGGACAAGCAUACACUGAUGCCUAUGCAGAAUUCCAGAGACUGAAGGCCGCAGCAUUUGCAGAAAAGAACCGUGGCAGAGUGGUCGGUGGUCUCCCUGAUGUUGUUACUAUUAUGGAAAAGAAGACCCUGAGCCUGACCUGUACAGUGUGGGGUGACCCCAGCCCUGAGGUCACCUGGUUCAAAAAUGAGCAAGAAGUGGUGUCUGAUGACCACAACUUGAUUUCAUUUGAAUCGGGCAAAUUUGCCAGUCUCACUAUCAAGUCUGUGUCAUCGGACGAUUCUGGAAAGUACAGUAUUAAUGUUCGGAACAAGUAUGGCGGUGAGUUUGUGGAGAUCACUGUAAGUGUCUACAGGCAGGGUGAGGAUAUUCCAGAGCCCAAACUUGGACAGAUGACCAGGACAGCUGCACCCCCAAAAUCCCCAGCCCCCUCACCCCAAGCUGCCAAGUCUCCCACCCCCUCCAGCGCAAAGUCUCCCACCCCACCUGUUGGUGCAAAGUCACCAACUCCCCCUGUUGGUGCUAAAUCACCCACUCCACCUGUCAGAGCAAAAUCUCCCACCCCCUCGCAGGGCUCCAAAUCCCCAACCCCACCCAGAAGUAUGAAGUCACCUACCCCUCCUCGAAAAAAGUAAACAACACUAUACAAUACUAAAAUCUUAAUGUCUGAGAACACAAGCAGCAAUCAAGCAAAUUUAUUGCAUGAGUUUGAAAACAAAAAGUAUUAAACAAAAAGUAGUGUCUGUAAUUUUUCACAAAAGAAGCAGUGCCAGUUUCUUUGAACUGAUGUACACCAUGAGAAGAGAAAAAAAACCAUUCUAUUUUUAUUGUAUUAUCAGCACCAGAAAAAACAUCUUUAAAGAAAUGAUGGCUUCCCAAAAUCAUGACUGAUUCAACUAUCUUGAAUCAGUCUUGACAAUCUGACUCCCCCUCAUCUGUACUUUGGUGAAAAAUUAACAGCAUUUAUGAUUAGUCUAUGACCUAUAUUUUAGAGGCUAUAUAUUCAGCUAUACCAAUUCAAUCGUAAACCAUUCAUUUACAUGUAAAUUGACCCUCUGUGCCCACAGGAGGCACAGCCUUGUCACUGAAGCAAAUGUAUGACAUUACAAUCUUGUCCCUUUGCACUACCUUCUUGCUGUGUGUUAAUAAAAGCCUUAGAAUUCA